UGAACAGCUGAGUGAGCAACAAUAACUACAGUAGAAAGACAUAUGUUGUUAUUUUUAGACUCGGUUUGACUGUCUUUUAAGUGUUUCAAUUAUGAUAUUAGCUUAAUCAAGUUCUAAAUGCAACAGACAAGUACACAUAAACUAGAAUGUCGUGUUAUUAUCGCCAGCAUGAGGAAGCGUCUGUGACGAUUCCAAAAUAUUCCGUGGAGAGCUCAGCAGGGAUCACGUACUAUGACAUCAAGGUUCGCGUGGGAAAUGUCGAAUGGUUUGUGGAGAGACGCUAUCGCGAUUUUGCUCAGCUGCACGAGAAACUCGUAGAGGAGAUAUCGAUCAGUAAAAAACUGCUGCCGCCAAAGAAGCUAGUGGGCAACAAGCAGCCCGCAUUUCUGGAGCAACGCCGGGAGCAACUGGAAACGUAUUUGCAAGAGUUACUCAUCUAUUUUCGCAAUGAGUUGCCACGUUUGUUGGCCGAAUUCUUGGAGUUCAACAAAUAUGACAUUAUCUAUCUGCUGCAGGAUCUGGCCAAGCUAUUCAAUGAAAGCGGAGACGCGCUCCUGAGUGCCAAAAAAGAGUACAACUUAUCAGCACUCGAGGUAUUUGCCAUCAGUGAGCGCCUCGCUUUGCCUUGUCCUCCCAUCAACGAGCAAGUUGGCAAAUACGACUUCUCACAUGUGCUGGACUUUUGCACACAGCUUGCAGCACUGGUGGUGACUCCAGUUAAGGAUAACACCACAUUUGCACAGGACUACAAUACGGUAGAUGUGCCAAUUGGACGCAGCAAUAUCAUUCCCAAUCGAUUGAGCUUCAACUUGAAUGCAUUCCGUAAUCUCAAAACACUCAAAUUCUCAGCACUGUCUACGGAAAACAUUGUGGACAUUGAGCUACUGAAGCCGACACUACAAACCAUUUGUGUGCACAACACCACAAUUACACACAUCAAUCAGGUGUUGCUGUGCGACAAUCUGCACAAGGACUGCGAUGUGCCCAGCAUUGUACCAGAGCAUUCUGCAUCAAGAUCUAAUGGUGACGAUGAGUUGCUUAGCACAGAUGCUUGGAACGAGCUGUGCGAACUGGACUUGACUGGCAAUCUGUUAACUCAGAUCGAUGGCAGCGUACGAACAGCGCCCAAAUUACGUCGUCUUGUUCUUGAACAGAAUCGCAUAAGAAACAUUCAAAAUCUUGCGGAGCUACCACAUCUACAGAUGCUUUCGCUGUCGGGAAACUUGAUAGCUGAGUGUGUGGACUGGCACCUGACCAUGGGUAACCUGGUGACCCUGAAGCUGUCACAAAACAAGAUUAAGUCACUGAGCGGCUUGCGAAAGCUGCUCUCAUUGGUCAACUUGGAUUUAAGUUGCAAUCUUAUCGAUGAUUUGAAAGAGGUCGAUUUUGUUGCCAAUCUGCCACUCCUAGAGACACUCCGACUUACCGGUAAUCCGCUGGCAGGAAGUGUCGACUAUCGCCCACGGGUAUUGGCGCGUUUCCAUGGUCGCGCUGCCGAAAUCUCACUGGACAACGAGCCCGGAACACAACAGGAGAUGGACAUGGCUCUAGUGUUGUCCGCACUGUUGACAGCAGAGCAACGACAACGACAGAAAUGACUGUGAAACAAUUCGAAUCCUCCAAUAAUCCUUUCAAACUAAACAAGUAUUCAUCAAUUGGCUGUAGUUCACGUUCAGUUUGUUCAGUCUUUUAGAAAUUUACCUAAACUAUUCCGAAUUCCAAUUUGUAUUACGCUUUCAAAACUUUUGGAGGGACCACCAUAAUUAAUGAUAUCCAUUUCUCAGUCUUCCAAAAUUGAGCAAUUCAGAUUACGGAAUUGAUCUUAAUAUUUGAUACAUGUAUUUGAUUAACAUUGAUAGGCACAAACCUAGUUUACAGUUACCAGUUUAUUUUCUCGAUUUUUUAUGUGUUACUUAUAAAUGUUUUGAAUGUCUACAAAUUUCAAUCAAUAUUAAUUGUGCAAUAUUUCGAUGCUCAUCUACAAAAAUCGUAGUGUAAUAUAUAUACUCGUAAUAUAAUAAAUGUAUGUGUAUGAAUAUGA